GACAAAGCGCACUGGCUUCAGUGUACACGGUAGCUAUGGAUAGCCAUGUCGGCCGCAAAGCGGCGAUCGCGAAAAAAAAUGUGACAGUUUUACUGUUAAUUUUUUAGCACGACGUCUUAGUGGGAAAACUAUGAAUGGCGCGAAGCAGUGCGGAUUUGUUGACCAAAACGAACAGUAAACUUGAGAGUUUUCUGAAGAGAGCCGUUUCCGAGGAAACGUAUGAGCGUAUUCGUGCCUACGAAUCAUGUAUUGUUGUGUCGGAGCGCGAGAACAAGGCGUUCAAAUAUAUUGUUCUUGGGGACGAAUGGAUAUACCUGACAGAAAACCCACCGAAAGGCAUUCAGGAAACAGUGCCUUUGAAAGACAUUGUCUCUGUGGAACUGGUGAACGAAUACCCAGAUUUCCUGACAGGAGCUGAAAGAGAGAACACCCAACAUAUCACCAUAACAUACUUGACCUCUGACCACAGGAAACGAUCCAGAAGGCGUUCAAAGAAAACUGGAUCUCUCUCAGAACUCAGCCUAGACCGGUCUAAUGCCUCAACACCACUUGGGUACGCAGAAUCUGUAGAAAGCUUCUCCGAGGAUUAUGGGUACACCACACAGAGCACAUGCAGCUUGCAGACCAGCAGGCCAAAUAGUCGUGGAUCUGUGGCAUCAAGCUGGAACACCACCAGCAGCAUCAGUAAGAAGAAAAAGAAGCAGCUGAAUGACAGUCUGGAUCAUGACAGCAUCCUGCGGUCACUCAAGGAAGAGCUGGAGGAGGACCUGGACACUGAUGACCGUCUGGCCACCAUCCACUCUGUGCCUUCAUCUUCCAAGGGGGCUAGAUCUCACAGCAAGAGUCCCCGUACCUCGAAACCUAACUCAGCUUCGAAACGCCCUCUCCCUAGCCCCAGAAGCAGUCCUGCUGAUACAACUGUCAGCACGAAGGAGCCAAAGUCCCCACCUACAAACAUGGACUCGUCAGAAACCUACACAGAAAAUGAUUCUUCCACAUGUGGCUGUACGACUCUGAUGUGUCGGGGUCGGAACAAGAACCAGGUGGUGCCAGUUGUGAAUGCUAAUAGUGCUCAGAUGCUAGACCACAAGGGGGAUGUGAUCAGUGUUCGGUCAGACAAACGUCAACUUGUGCCAGAAAUUGAGGUUGAGACAGACUCUGUGGUCAUGAGGUCAUCUUCACCUUCCAUUCAACAUUUUAGUGUAAGUCGGCUGUCGAUUGAUGGCAGUGUCAGAGGAUCUCGGUCAGGGACUCCGGACCUUGCACGUCACAGAAGCUCCAGCAUCUUGGCGUCAACAUCCGAUCUCGGUGACUCCAUGACAGGCCUGAACCUAGUGGGCAGCGAGGGCGGACUGACCGAGAAGCGUCGCACCUUGCUGCACGUCUACCUCCUCAACCUCACCUCCCCUAUGCUCAUGCUCAUACGCAGUGCCUGGAACAACUAUCUCAUCAGAUGUACUCUCCUCAUUGACCCGGAGAUGGAGAAGGUUGCCAUGUCAACAGCUAUCCGGGGACCCCAGGGCAAGAGGCUGGUAAACAGAGAGAAGACGGAGCUUCUGUUUAACCAGCUGAAGAGGGAGCUGUUCAAUGCGGCUAACACAAUGGAGGAGCUGUACAGCCUCCUCAUUGAACUCAAGGCAGCCACAGAGAAGAACUUUUCUCUCAAGAAACUCUUCUGGAGGAACUCGGACCUCUUCCUGUUCAUGGUGCGCCACCUCCAGAAAUAUCUACCCAAGUCUCCUAGCAACCUGUCCACUGACGAGGGGCGGUCGGCUCGAGCUGAUGAGUUUGAGUUUGUGAUUCUGCUGGUGGAGAUCCUCAGCCUCAUGUUCCGGGAGACCGAGAUUAUACAGGGAAGGAUACAGACACUCAAGGCUGAGAGAGGUAAGGCUGUCCUUGACCUCCUGAUGGCCUUGACCUGUGUUCCUGACCUGCCAGACAAGCCAUUGUCUCCAAAGAAGACCAUGAAGUCGGGUAUUGGUGACCAGCUGAUGGAGCGAGUUUCGGAUGAAGAUCUGGCCAGGCUGGUGGAUGACCUCACCAAGAUGGCCAUUAAAGCAGUCUUUGAGUUGUUCCUCAUGGCAAGACAAGCCAACUGGAACCACAGCGAGGGCAACUUCUUCAACAUCAGUUGGAUGGUGCGAGUCCUGGAGGAGAUUCGCACAACAGAAAAGUUUGUGGAACGAGUGAUUGCCCAGAUGAUGGAAUUAAUUUCACCAGCCAAAUUUGACACGUUGGCUCCAGAGGAAGGUGUCGCCCUCUACCAGCAGUUUUCGUUACUACUGACGUUCCUGGAGUACAGUCCACGCAUCACCAAGUUUAUCAAGCAGCAGUACCAUGAGGAAUUCAAAUAUUUCAUCCAAGUGCCGAAAGUUGCGAGGAAGCUUCCCCCUCAGUACCCAGUGUCCAGCUCUACCAGGAACAUCAUGGACCAGGUCAUAGCCAAGGUGCUCAGUCACAGCCGGUCCUCAUCACGCUCACCCAGGUAGUCCCUGUGUCUGCAACAUCUCCAUGACAACUCCGGCAGACAUCUGUGGCCAAUUGUUGACCAUCCAGUUCCACAACAAAGUCAAUUUACAGUUCCACAACAAAGUCAAUUUAGUUCAUCUAGGAGGGCAUAUGUCAAAGACUUUCUCCUCUCAAAUGCUUCAAUUUUUAUCCGCUACAUAUCUGGUUGGAAUCUGCAUCAGAUCUCAGAUCAGAGAUUGAGGCCUAAAACCCCACCAGUCUCACAGAUAUCAGAGUUGCCAAACAUGAAAUAUUUGUUGUCUCAAAAUCUUUGUUUGAAGUGAUAAGUUUACUGUGAGUGCAGUGAUGCACGUGACCAAUGUAUGAACCACAGAUUUAUUUUCUCAGCAAGUUUCCAAUAUAUUCCUAAACCCAUUUCAUUCAUCUGUAAAACCAUCUCGAUAUGGCCUGAAGAAGCUUGACAAGUAGAGUAUAACAGUUGAUUCCUCCACCUUAGACUCGUCCACUUGUCGGAGUCCGUGGGGAUCUUGACAUGACAGUUUAUCGGGUUAUCAUUUGCAAUUUUUGGUACAUUUCCACAGAGACAGAGAAAUAUGUGUUAUAUCAAGCAAUGUUUGAGAUAUUAGUAGUGUUCUUCUUAGAGAAAGUGUGCCUUCACGACUGUCAGUCAGUGUCCUGUGAUAUUGCUGCUUACUGUUUGGCGCGAACUGCCUCAGUUUGUCUGAGGUGACAGUGUAGUAUCCUGUCAGGUGGGCUUGUCACCAUUGUGCAUCUCUGUCAUACCCUAGCUGCAACAUGAAUACCUCGGUACCACCAACACACCAUAGUUAAUGUGUGUCACAAGUCUGACCCUUGUUAAUGUGUGUCACAAGUCUGACGCUUGUUAAUGUGUUACAUGUCACACCAAUGUUAAUGUGUGUUCUACGUGUGUCCCCCAGUCUGACGUGUGUUACAAGUCACACCAAUGUUAAUGUGUGUUCUACGUGUGUCCCCCAGCCUGACGUGUGUUACAAGUCACACCAAUGUUAAUGUAUGUUCUACGUGUUGCCAUCCCCCAGUCUGACGUGUGUUACAUGUCACACCAGUGUUAAUGUGUGUUCUACGUGUUGCCAUCCCCCAGUCUGACGUGUGUUACAUGUCACACCAAUGUUAAUGUGUGUUCUACGUGUUGCCAUCCCCCAGUCUGACGUGUGUUACAAGUCACACCAAUGUUAAUGUGUGUUCUAUGUGUUGCCAUCCCCCAGUCUGACGUGUGUUACAUGGGUUGUUGGUAGUGUCCAAGCUCUACCUCAGUAGCUGUGUAGAUUAACUUGAAAGUUUAUAAUAAUUCAACCUGUGCGCCAAAACCUUUUGAGUCCACAAGACAGAAUUUGGCUCUGAAUCAUCAUUUUCAGAUUUUAGUUUUAUUAUAUGGACUAUCAUUAACUGAGCUUUCCUUACCGAAUGGAAUUUUACUCGACUCUGGCUUCGGACUAGUGUAGUUUUGCCUUUUAUGUUUCCACUCAUGAUGCUGGGAUGAAAGCGACAUGGUCCUAGCUGUAUGUUAAUGCUUGUACAGACCAAAGGGUUGAUGGCCACAACAUAUUCCUGAACUUCAAGUGAAUCAUCAUCUGUUGUUGGUAAAUCCACUGAAUGAAGUGUCUGUUAUGUUGGAAAUAGAGAUGCUGCCUAUGAUUGCGGAGGGUCCUAGGUCCUGAUACUAUCUUCCCCUAUACUUCUCUUUGCUUCCAAUACAAUAUAUAUUACACGAUAUUGCCUCGUGGGUUGCCUAUGUUCAUUAUACAAGACAUGAUGACAAAUACUUGUAGAUACUUUGUGGGUAUGAAGUGACAAUUUCUGGACGUCUGGCCCAAUUUCACAAAGCGAUCGUAGUGCUGUCAGUGUUGUAACUCCUAUUCUUUAACAUAGACUUAAGGGAGUUGAAGCACUGCAAACACUUUGUAAAACAAGCCCUUGGACCCCGUUCCACAAAGCGGUCAUAAUGCUAAGGUGAUCGUAACUCCAAUAGUUCAACAUUGGCUUUCUAUGGUCGUAGUGGUACAAUCACUUUGUGGAAUGGGGCCCUGGUCUUCAGUUGAGUUGAUUGUAUAGGAGAUGGGACCUAUGGACGUGUUGGCCUAUCAGGCAAGCAGAGCUGGUUCAGUGUGGUAGGCAAUGUACUGCAAUACAAUGACAUCAUUGUGAGGCUUGUAUCAGUAUGCGGGUAUUUUGUAUCACAAUAUCAAUGUAGUGUAUCACUGCUCAAGUAGAACAAUGCUGAUCCAUGUUGAAGUAUCUUACACCAGUAGCCCUGCCCAUUGCUCAUAGUUUCGGAAUCAAUGUCAUGUGUCAAGAUUUGUUCAUAUUUCAUAUGAGUCAGAUUAGUUUUGUUAUGAUGCUUGGCUCAAUCUUGUGAGAGCAUGAUCAAGAAAUGUACAGUUUAUAUUUUGUCAGUAUUGAGGUUUUCUGGGAUGUAUUUUCUCUCCUUCCUUACACUGGUAUGAAUUAGGCAUGCCAAGCUCAAACAAAGGCCUGAUGUAGCAGCUGUAGUGUUCUACUCUUUAGUAUCCUGUAUUCUGCUUGUCCAUCGGAUAGAGGGUCCAGAUUUGUCUGUGAACACCAUUAGGGCUUUGAUAUUCUCUCCUGCAGCCCUGAACAAGGAUACAAGGUCAAGAUUUAUGUGUGAAAACGUCACUUUUCAUUUUAAGUAAGACUUUUCUUGAAGUUUGGGUGGCCCAGUCUUCUAAGGCGCCGCGAUUCGCUGUGCAGAGUUGCGUCCCUUGGGCACGCCAGAAACCUAUGAUUGUGGGUUCGAAUCCCGGUUCUCCCCAAUUAUGUUUCUAGGUUUGUCAGCACCAUACCCGUGCUCGUGGGUUUCACCGAAGUGGUAAACGUCUGAGACCUGCAUCACCUCAGGAUUUCCUCCCACAUUAAGCUGACACGCCGUGAUAUAACUGGAAUACUCUUGAAGUUUGGUGAAGGCUAUAUGUGUAGUAACAGCUUUAUGCUGUGGGUGAGUUGCUUCGCGCUUUGUGUGGGAUAUUCCUGAGGGUUGUAAACUUAAUAUCAAAUGAAACUGUUAUGAAAUAUUGCUUUCUUGUUUGUGUAUCUUUUUAUCGUUGUUGAUUGAUUGAGUUGAUGAUCAAAUCAAAUUAUACACAAAAUUUACUAUGCUUACAGUUGUACAGACUGAUUAUGAUUAUGUUUUUUUUAUAGUUUUAAUUGGGUGUCAUCUCUGUAUGUCAACAUGUUCUGUUGAGCCUCUUAAAGAAACAUAUAUAUAUCAUGAAUCAAGAGCAAACUUAUUUUUUAUUUAUACUUUAUUUUUUGGAAGUAAGUGGCUCAGAACGUCUGUUUCCAUGGCUUUUUGUCUCCUGCUGAUUGUAGAAACAGAUAAAUUCUUUCAAAGGGUUCUAUAAAAUCAAAAUUUCAUUUUUUUAUGAUGUUUAAGGAAAGUCUCCUUGAAACUUUUGAUGUUGAUCUCAACACUUGCUGCUGCUGAAUGUUUGUUGCAGAAUUUCUUCAUGGCUUUCUGUUAAUGUGGACAUGAAUGCCUAAGCUGCCUAGGCACUACACUUCACUGUGCAGAGUUGUGUGCCUUACCCAUGCCAGGAUCAUGGGUUCGAUACAGAUGAACCCUGCUUUAUGACCUGUGUCGUGUGUGCUUGAAUUAACAAUAAUCAGUAUAAUAUUAACCCCUGUGACACCUGUUGCACGUAGUUCAAAUGACUGAAGGAAGCCCAGUGGUUACAGCAUUUACUCGUCACGCCAAAGACCCGGGUUCAAUUCCCCACAUGCGUACAAUGUGUGAAGCCCAUUUCUGUUGUCCCCCACCGUGAUGUUGCUGGAAUAUUGCCAAAAGCGGAGUAAAAUCAAACUCACACACUCACUCUUACCUAAACCAUCUUGUAAGGCUUUUGUCAAUAUACGCAUUUAGUUAUGCUCAAGUUUAGUAGUUACAAGAUUGUUUAUGUCUGCUUUUAUGUUCUUUAAUAUAAAUUGUUCAUAUGCAUAUGAUAUAUAUACCACACAAAAGAAGUUAGAGAAAACCAGAUUCUUUCAUGUUUCUAUUCGUCUUACUGCUUUUGAGUAGUAUAUAUCGAUCUACAGAGUUAUUUUAUUUUUCUCGGUUGCCAGUGUGAUCAGUGAUAUCCAUGACAUGUAUACUUUAUAGUCCGUAUUUGUGCAUUUGUUUUUACUGAGACCCUUGUUGCCUAGACAUAUACAUAAGUUUGAUGGAAACAAGCAUGUACAUUUAAAUUGGAAAGGAGCCCGAGUGAGAUGGGAGAUUCAGAACCUGAACCUGUGGAAAAUCUAGACUUGCUUCAUUUAUCACAUUACAGUAAAGGCUGGUCAUCAUGACCAGGAAAAUAAGUAUGUACGGGUAAACUGAAAAUAUAGUUGAUGAAUAUGCAUCGUUCAUGAGCGUCUUCGUCUGGUUUCGUUCCAAGGAAGGGUAGUGGUAAGGAUGGUAUAUAUAUAUGUUAGCUUUAUAUCCGUACCUUGCUGAGUUCUAGUAUCACAACAACCAACUUUGAGUGAUUAUAGUUUCAGUGCAUAGACGGUAGUUUGGAGUUGUGUGAAUGGCUGAAGAUGAGCCGAGUCGACUUGACACGUGCAUGCGCCGACUCGUGUCAAGGCUGUCACAUGGUCACAUGAUGCUCGCACUGUCUGUUCAUAUUUCACAUUCCUCCAUCGACUCUUGAGGUUAGACGCUUUAGUUGUUUCCUCAGUUUGAAACUUGGUUCUCGAGGUUGAACACUUUAGUUGUUUCCUCAGUUUGAAACUUGAUUCUCGAGGUUGAACGCCUUAGUUGUUGCAUCAGUUUGAAACUUGAUUCUUGAGGUUAAAUGCAUUAGUUUGAAGCUCGACUCUCCAGGUUAAAACGCUUCUGCUUUUACCGAUAGUUGACCGUUAUUCAAGCAGUGAGGAUGGCCAGUAUUACACCACAGUACAAGCAAGGAUAUGAGGGUCAUGGGAGUCCUGGCUAAUUAAAUGUUCUUGCCCGUAUAAAUAACAGACAUAUUUCCUUGAGCUUGUUCUCUUGACUUGAGGGAGGCACGGAAGGCCAAGUCGUCUAAGGUGCCGCGAUUCGCUGUGCAGAGUUGCGUCCCUUGGGCACACCAGAAACCUAUGGUUGUGGGUUCGAAUCCCAGUUCGCCCCGAUUAUGUUUCUAGGUUUGUC